AUGAUGCAAACCCCCUGCAGCAGCAGCAGCAGCAACAGCAGCAACUGCUGCAGCUGCAGUUGCAGCAGCAGCAGCAGCAACAGCAGCAGCUGCUGCAGCUGCAGUUGCAGCAGCAGCAACCGCAGCAACAGCAGCAGCUAUAUAGACACAGAUAACACAAACACAGAUGAUGCAAACCCCCUGCAGCAGCAGCAGCAGCAGCAACAGCGACAGCAGCAGCUGCUGCAGCUGCAGUUGCAGCAGCAACAGCAGCAACAGCAGCAGCUGCUGCAGCUGCAGUUGCAGCAGCAGCAACCGCAGCAACAGCAGCAGCUGCUGCAGCUGCAGUUGCAGCAGCAGCAACCGCAGCAACAGCAGCAGCUGCUGCAGCUGCAGUUGCAGCAGCAGCAGCAGCAGCAACAGCAGCAGCUGCUGCAGCUGCAGUUGCAGCAGCAGCAGCAGCAACAGGAGCAGCUGCUGCAGCAGCAGCAGCAGUUGCAGCUGCAGCUGCAGUUGCAGCAGCAGCAGGAGGAGGAGUUGCUGCUGCAGCAACAGCAGCAGCAGCAGUUGCAGCUGCAGCAGGAACAGCAGCAGCGGCAGGAGCAGCAGGAGCUGCUGCUGCAGCUGCUUCAAGAAAAGCAGCAGCAGCAGCAGCAGCAGCAGCAGCAGCUGCAGCAGCAGGAGCUGCUGCAGCUGUCUGCAACAGCAGCAAUAUUUCUAGCAAAAGGAGAAAUAAAUGAAAAUGAAUUUAUAAAUAUAAUUACACAAAUUACACAGGUCGUUAUUGUUAUGGCUAUUCAUUUCUAG